AUGUCUUUACAAGAUACUCGCAAAUUAUCGUCUAUAUUGCGAUCAAUUGAAAUAAUUGAAAAUAAAGCAAAUGUGCUCUGUACUGAAUAUACAACAUCGAACAACGAAAUCGAUCACUUACAAUCGAUAUUGAUCGAUGACACGAAUACACAUUUGCAAAUCUUUUUUCAACAUCUCGAACGUUUAUUACAAAUUGACUUACGAAAUCGAAAAUCAUUACUCAAUACCCAGAGAAAUUAUUGGGAUUUCUUUCUUCGAGCACUCAAAGAAAGUAAAGGUCUGUAUGACACCGUACUCUACGUUCUCAAUACUCAAGAAGUUAAAACAUCGAUUGGUCGUGGCCGAUUAUUUCUCCGUUUUUGUUUACAAAAUCAUCGUCUAGGUGAUGUCAUACAGCAGAGUUUCAUGCUCACUAAAAUUGUUCAUCAAUUUUAUCACACGGACUGCUUUUGGUUGAAAUCAGUUUAUAUAAAUCGUAUUGUUCAAGCGUUAUAUCAAUUGAACGAUGUGGGUUUUGAUCUUCUUUCGAACUCGCAGUAUCAAUUGGAUGUUUGUUGGCCUACAGCAGAGUCUGUUGAUCUACGAUCAAAGCAUUUAUCCGAUGCGACUUCACGACUUCGUACCGAUAGUAUCUCAAGUUUCAUAUCAAUGGAUAGUAUUUCUUCUCAAUCGAUGAUAGCAUCAUCUUGUCCAAUGACAAUGUCGUGUUUGCAUAAUCUCGAAGCGUCAAUAAAUGAAGCGAAUUCACCUUAUUCAAUCUCAUCUAUGGAUGAAUAUCCAGAAAAUACAUUAAACUAUUGGAAAGAACGUUGCCAUCAACUGGAAGUUCAGUUGCAAUCGAAUUAUGAACAACCGUCAAUGGCCGAUGUGGAAGUCCAAUGUACUGUUGAUAAGCAUGAUGAAACAAGUCAAACAGCAGACGAUGAUGAUGAUAAUACUGUUGUUCCACAUGUUGAUGAGAAUCUCAAAUCUGAAAUUGAACUUUUGAAAAGCGAUAUUAAUGAUCUCAAUUUCCAACUUUCAACUAUGAUGAUUCAACAUACAUCAACCGAAAAUAAAAUGAAAGAUCGUGAACGUGAAGCAGCCAAGUAUCAAGCGCUACUAGAGACAAAGGAAAAAAUCGUCAAUGAAUUACAACGAAAACUUGAUGAACAAGGGAAACAUAUCAAAUCGAUUCAAGAACAACAUGCAGUUCAAACAGCUAAACAAGAGAAACGCAUUGACCAACUGGCAUGUGAAGUGCAGAAAACUGCAAAGUUACUUGAAAACGAACGAUUGACAUCCGAAAAAGAACGAAAUGAGCAUAGUAAAAUCCAAGAGCAACUAGAAGCUUCUAUUCAAGAGAAAACACUCGAUUUCGAAGAAAUGAAACGUCGAUUAGUGAAAGCAGUUCGUGAAAAAGCUGAUUUGUUCAAUUCAAUCUAUAACUAUGAAGUUAAACUUGAAGAAGAACAGUCAAAACAAUGGAUACACGAAGAUGAUGUGUCAAAAUGUACAAAAUGUGACACAGCAUUUGGAUGGACUCUACGAAAAUACCGUUGUCGUCAGUGUCAAGGACUCUUUUGUUAUUAUUGUUGCAAUCGUUGGCGACCAGGUGCUACAUCGAGUACUCAACAUCGUCUGUGCGAUUUCUGCUAUGAAAAAUAUGCUAAAGAAUCUCUCAUGUCCAAUUAUACAAUGCUGGAUGAUCCUGAGAAAGAAAAUGAACCAACAACUGAUGUUAAUCUCAAGUUCGAAGUACGAUCUGAACGAUUGAACUCAUCCGCAGAUACUUCUCCACUACCUGCAGAUCAUUAA